UCAAUGCGAUAAGAGUCUGCUUGAAGCACAUUUCUGCUUGACUGCAGUGUGUGUGCAAAUCGAAUAAAUCUCUUCUCUGGGUGGCAUGUUUGUUAAGUUUUAUCGCGAUCAAUUGAGAGAAUUAUUUUUAUAGCGUAGUUACUUUAUUGAAUAUCUUUUCAUGCGAGAGUGCUAAACAACCAAUUUGGUGGGAAUUUUUUUUAUUUUGGAAGUACGCCUAAAAUAGCCCGGAAAGUGUUAAUAAUUCAUGAUAUACAUUUUUAUUUGGAUGACUAAGUGCGCCUUUGUACUCAAGCAGAACCAACAUUCAGUGAUUUAUUUCAGAUAAAUUUAAUUUCUUUUUUUCCUCAUUUGCGUGUUGAGAAAUUAUAUAUAUUGGUUUUCCCGUAGUGGUGUCGCUAAAAUGGAAAAUUUUCAUAUUGCAAAAUUGAGAUUGAUUGUGCAAAUUAAUGGGGACAAUUGAACUCAAUUUCCACGAAGAUAUGGAUUAUUUAUUUUUCACAUUAUAACUUCCGUGUCUUGCAAUAAAAGUUGGCAGCAGAGUAAUGUGACAUUGACGCAGCCACUUUUCCAUGUAUCCGGAGAAAAAUGUAGCCAACAGUAUACGCGUGUGAAUUUUAUCUCACAAGAGAGAGACUUGAGUGCGAUAAUCGCGUGGUAUGGACAGAUAAGAAGUUGGUUCGUGGAGAAAAACAUUUGUAAUAUAAGGCAAUUUGAGGCAUUUCGAUAAGAUUCGUCAAUCGUCGCGGGUGCUAAGCUGUGAUCAAUGCAAGGUGGAAGUUUUUGAGGAAGAAGCCCUUUUAAUUGGAAUACAAUGGCUGACUACAUCAGAGUGUCUGACGAUGACUGCGCCAUACCCACAUUUAUUGCUGAUGAUCGUUCUCCAGACGACGAGCCACUCCUUACUCCAAAUGGAAAAGACUACCAACACAAGUGCUUGUAUGGCCAGAAAGGCUUCAAAAAUCCCACAACGGAUAUACAAAGCCUCAGAGCUAAGAAGCAGCUACUUAUAGCAACGAUCAUCUGUACAUUCUUCAUGAUUGCAGAACUGAUCGGUGGAUACCUGGCAGGGAGUUUAGCUGUGAUCACCGAUGCAGCCCAUUUGCUUUCGGACUGUAUCAGUUUUAUUGUGGCCCUGUGUGCCAUUUGGCUGGCAAAACGUCCUGCCGAUGAGCAUAUGUCCUUUGGCUACAAGAGAGUCGAAGUCGCCGGCGCUGUGACGUCCAUCCUGGGGAUUUGGGCACUAACCGGUGUACUCAUCUACCUCGCCAUUGUGCGCAUCGUGAAUUGGGACUUUGACAUCGAUGCUGACACCAUGAUCAUCAUCUCUUCCGUCGGUGUGGCCUUCAAUGUUGUAAUGGCAAUUGUGCUGCACGGAUCUUGCGCCAGUGUACUCCAUGCCCAUUCCCAUGGCUCCCAUGGCUCCCACAGUGGCUGUGAUCAUACCAAAAAGACACCAGCGGAAGUACAUCGGCACCAGCACAAUGGUACUCUGCCAAAUCCUCUGAAUUUACACAGUAGUUCCCUCAUAACGACACACAGUCGACACAAUUCCUUCAGCAAGGCAUCAGGAUGCAAUGGGGUUGCAUCAGGAGGACUUGAUGAGGUGAUUGAUUUGCAGGCUGCGGAGGUUCGAAGAGGGAGCUAUGAUGCCGCCUUGACAAGACUCUCAUCGCCUCACAAUCAUGAUUACAUGAUCCUGGAGCAAAAUGGCUCUCUUCAGAGGCACAAUGAUGACGAUGAAGUGGCUGUGAGGGAUGAAGAGAGUUCAUCUGGUAGCAAAAAAACCAAGAACAUCAAUGUUCGUGCUGCAAUGAUCCACAUUAUUGGAGAUUUCAUUCAAAGCAUUGGCGUUCUAAUAGCUGCGAUAAUUAUCAAGAUUUUUCCCAGUGCUAAAAUAGCUGAUCCAAUUUGUACGUUUAUCUUCUCAAUAAUCGUCAUGUUUACCACCUUUCACAUAAUUCGGGACGCAGUGAGAGUCCUUCUAGAUGCAGUACCGAGAAAUAUGAGUCUGAACAGGCUUGAAAGUGAAAUCUUCAGCCUCGAUGGAGUCAAAUCUGUUCAUCAUUUGAACGUAUGGAGCCAUAGUAUGGAUUGGCACAUAAUGUCCGUCCAUCUUGUUAUAACAUCAAGUGCUUUAACAUGAGACUUGUGAAUUUUACAAACAAA